UUAUAACUGAAACGGACACUUAAUUAGAUUUAGAUCUAUAUAAACCAUUACAUGUUAUUUCAACUUUCAUGGUAAGAUUGAAAUGAAUUAAAACUACCUUUAUCAUUGGAAUCGAAAGAGGAAUGAAUAUGGUUAUUUAUGAUAUAACAUAUAUUUGUAUCUUAAAAAAACAACAAAAAGCAACAACAUGUAUUUUCCAAAAAAAAUGCCAUGACCUAGUUACUAUUUUUACCUUUUUUACAAAGAAAAAUGAUGGUUUAUAAUUAACUUAAUCCGAUUUUUAGAAGUCAAGAUAUUGUGCUAUCUUUAGUAAACACAUUUAUCUAAUCUCAUUGGGCAGAUUUGAUAAACGUGACUGUAAACAUACUGUAUUUGUUACAUUACGAUUUAUGCAGUUCCUUUGUGAAUUAUGGAUGUCCGUGAUUACAUUAUUUACUCAGAGUCAGCUGUGUUGGUUAUUGGAAUUAUUGUAGUGAUAAUUGAAUCCAUACGCCAGUGUUUAAGACGUCGCAAGGUGCGCUCUCACGACUUGGAGCGAAACUGUCAUGAACGCUGUGCACAUAUAAAUAGGUUCAAUGAAGCUGAAUCAGAAUGGAAGACGGCGAAGACAAUCCUACAAAAUAAACUUAAACUAGAGGAAAAUGAAAAAAAAGAUUUUUUAAAACGGUUUAAAAAUGCUGAAGAAGAAUGGAAAAGACAGAUGUUAGGCCUGCACAAUGAGCUUACAAAGGAAAAAGAAAUUAAAGAUGAUGCAUUGAAAAUGUUCAAAGAUGCUGAAACAGAAUGGAAUAGACAGGUGUUAAGCCUACAUGAUGAACUUACAAAGGAGAAAAAAGUUAAAGAAAAUGCAUUGAAAAGGAUCACUGAAACAGAAGCUGAAUGGAGGAAUAAGGUGUCAAUCCUGCAAGAUGAACUUAGAAAGGAGGCACUAGAAAAGGACGAUGCGUUGAAACGCCUAAGUGCCAUAAUGGCGAAUCGUUUGAAGGACGGCAACCCUAAUGUAGUAGAUCUGAGCGACCAAAAUCGUCCAGGAAAAUUGGGAGAACAGUUUACUGAACUUUACGACAAUCAAUGGACGGAUGCCUACGGUGCUAUAGAUGAUUUCUUUGGGAAAGCUAAAAGUGAGCCAGAAAUUAUUAAGAUUCUUGUUGAAAUUUUUGAGAAAUGUUUUACGGAAUGCAAAGCUCUAUCUGGAAACCAGAUGGAUCAGCUGAAUGACAACGUGUCUUGUAUUGCUUCUAUUAUCACAAAGAAAGACAACAAUCUUCCAACCGAUCUAAUGCAGCGCAUAAAAGAAGAAAGGAAAGCGUUUGCCGUUGACGAGGUUCCAGAUUUAACAGUGAUUCUGCCUACUCUCAAAACGAGUUUCUCAUCGAAAAACCAAGAAGUUGGAUUGCUUGAUGAACAGCAUCUUAUUGUGUAUAUCAAAGAAUGCCUGAAGCUUUCGUGGUUAAUGGUUAUACAAGACCCACCAAUGGCUAUAGUACUUAAACCUGAAACCGAUACAUAUGAAAACUUUAAAGCAUACAAGACUAGAGGCAAAUUUUUAAAAUAUAUAGUAUGGCCAGCGUUGCUUCUGAUGGAAGGAGGUCCAUUGGUAACGAAAGGUGUUGCGGAAUUUACUUCAGAAACAUGACGAUGAAAUAUUGAUAAACUACAUUUGUGCAGUAAAUUAAGAACGUGUAGCGCAAAGAAAAUAUUAAUAUUAUAGUUCCAAAUUUAAGUACCAAAUGCACUUGGAAUAUUUAAACAUUUAAAAGAUUCAAAGUUAGAAUGUUAAAAGGGACAUAGAUAAUAGGUUAAGAUUAAAUCCAAUCAUUUCCGUUCAUAAUUUUGAUGCUCUUUCCAAAACAAAAGGUAAAUUUCUUUAUAUGUUUUUAUGAUAAUAUCCUUGUGGCAUUUAAUAAAGAACAUUUGCUAUCGCACACUCAUGAACAAACGUGUUUUGUCACAAGAUACAUUAUAGAAUAAAUUAAGGUAUAUACAGACAUGGUAUAUACAGACAUACGUUUUGCAGGAGUUUUCAAGUUUUUUUGUGUUUAUUCUCUUUUGUAUAUAGUAUAGGUUUAAAAAUGUAUGUUCUGUUUCAAUGUUUAUUUUUGUAUGAGAUUUAUUAUGUAUAUAAAUUGUUUGCCAUUGAUAUUAUAUGUGACCCAUGUACUUGUAUAUACUAUUAAAUUUGUUGCCUUGUCUACUGGCUUCGUGAA